AUGUGGACCUGCUCCUCAGACCUGCUCCUCCUACCUCCUCCUCAUCCAGAGCUUCCUGAACAUCAUCCUCUUGGUCAUGAGGGUCUUCUCGCCCUAGUUCUCCUCGGGGGGGUGCUGGCCGUCGGAGCGGCUCCAGGAGCACGCAACAGUUCAGCUCUGACCAGUCCAGCUGGGACUCGUGCAGAGCGGAUCAACUUCUGCCUGGACGGCUGGGACAAUUUCCGUGGUGACUGUUUCUACCUGGAGAACAAUCCUGCAAGCUGGGGCACAGCAGAGAGACUAUGUGCAGAGCGGGAGGGCAGCCUGGCAUCGGCCCACAGCGCCUUGGAGUACCACUACCUGCAGCGCCUGGCCCAGAAAGGAGGCCACACCUUCGCCUGGCUGGGGGAUACCACUUCCUGGGUGAGUGGCGGUGGGAGGGCGGAAGUCCCUUCGACUAUGUCAAUACGGAGUCCGACGUCUCCCCCAGCGAAAACCAGUGUCUCCUCAUCAACACGGAAGGGAACAAGGGAUGGUCCAACCACCGCUGCAACAACUUCUUCCCCUACAUCUGUGAGAUGAGAUCCAGCUGCUAGCCCACCGGAGGAGUGUCGCUCACAUCUGGAGCUGGUGCUGACUGCUCUUCAUCCAGAUGUUCCAACCAAACAGUUUAGAACACACUUCAUGAGACAUCCUAUCUCUGAAGUUACUAUUCUGCACAACCACUAAUAAAACUAUAUACAUUCUACUACCUGUGUCCAGAAGUUUAAAACCUACUGCCUACUAUUAAUACCUGCACUAGCGUCUGCUGAACUAGUUUGAACAAAUUAUUUGAUUAUCUGUUGUAAAGCUAACAUAACAAGAAAGUGAUAAAAUACACAUUUGGU